AAAAAAGAAACACUUUUCAUAAACAAGACAUGCCUUUUGGAUUAAAAGUACCUUCCAAGAACAAACUGAUCUUUCGUGGUAUACAGGUGCCCAUUCUUGUUGCAGGUGCUGUCGAUUACGAAAUUAAAGAAGCUAAAUCACCUGGCCAAAUCGAAACUUCUGUCAUGGAAAAAAUCGUUCAACGUCGUUGCGAAGCCGUCGAAACAUCAGCAGACAAUGCAGAAUCAGCAUACCACGAACAAUUAGAAAACAAUUGCAACACAGGUUUUACAUCACCUAUGGAUAACAUGAACAACAAGAAAAGCGAAGUGGUUUCCGAUGGUAUUUUAGCGAUUGGUAGAAAUGCGUAUCGUGAAGUGCUCAGCGCAUUAGGCAAGGGAUGAGAUGAUAUUCUUGCUGUGUUUGUAGAGGUGCGUCUUCUAAAAGCGUAAGGACAUAGAGAAGACAAAGGAUGAGACAUCUUUUAUUGCAGAGGAAACCUUGAAAAUGUUAAAAGCCACAUCAUUCAAGAAUUUGACAAUUUCUCGCUUCCGCUUGAGUUUUCACAUAUCAUUUAUAACCCCCGCAUGAACAUUAUUAGAUGGCUCAGUGCAUUUUAAUUAUAAAUGAAUCCGGAAGCAGGAAAAUACGCUUUAGAUGCUGUAUUGAACCAAAUCGACAUUUUUAAGAACGGAAUCCAAAUUUAUAGCAAGAGGGAAAAAAAGAUACAAGUAUUUUUGGUAAGUUAGUGUAUGUGUAUAUGUUAAUUUGCGUUAAAUAAAGUGUGU